AUGACUAUUAAAUUGGUGGUGGGUGAGUGUACUUUAAAUGUCGUUAGCGCAUACGCACCGCAAGUAGGCCUGGAUGAGGAGAUUAAAAAGCGUUUUUGGGAGGGGUUGGAUGACAUCAUUCGUAGUAUUCCGCCUUCGGAGAGGUUAUUCGUAGGAGGAGAUUUCAAUAGUCAUAUUGGGUCGUCUACAGUUGGUUAUACUGAGGUGCAUGGCGGCUAUGAUAUUGGGGAGCGGAACGGAGGGGGAACUUCGCUGUUGGACUUUGUCAAGGCAUUCGAUCUAGUGAUUGCGAACUCAAGUUUUCCGAAGCGGGAUGAGCAUUUGGCGGCGAGAGAGGUGUUAGGGAUAUCUUCGGGCCGCACCGGUGGCCACAAAGGAGACUGGUGGUGGAAUGCAGUUGUCCAAGAUAAAGUGGAAACUAAGAAGGCGGCGUAUCUGCGGUUCGUAGGGAGCUCUGGAGAGGAGGAGAAGAGAGCGAACAAUAAAGUGGAAGCGAAGAAGGCGGCGUACCUGCGGUUCGUAGGGAGCUCUGGAGAGGAGGAGAGGAGAGCGAACAAUGAGAGAUAUAAGGUAGCUAGGAGGGAGGCGAAGAUGGCAGUAAUUGAGGCUAAGACGGCAACUUUUGCUCGUCU